UAACAAAUUUGGUUUCCUAUUAUUUCAUUGCGUCAUGUCUUCUGAAGAACUAUUCUGUUCUUCAUAUUCUGUUAUCUCGAUAAGCCACAACAGUUCUACCGCAUUAUUGGGAAUGAGUUUGAAAUGUUUUUCAAAGUUUUAUUUUUCCGUUUCGAUUGUCACUGUUAUCAACUAUACAAUUUUAACUACCCAACUAUACAAUUUUACAGAAACAAUUUUAACUGAUAGAAACAAUGUUCGUAAUAGUCGAAAAUAUCAAGGUCUAUCUAUGUACAAAGACGCCUCCAUCAGACAAGCUAUAAUUGCAUCUAACUUUCAAUACGAUAAUAAUACGUGGAUCUGUAUUUUUAUAAUAAAAAUAUGAUUUAACGAUUAGAUAUUAUUAGCCGCUUUAUGACUUAAGCAGAAUUCAGUAUUUAGCAGAAUUGAUACAAUAUUGUACUUACUCCAAAUUUGGAAAAUUAUUUCCGAUAAAAACGUUUUCAAUCUGUUAUAACUUUAUAAAUAUGAAGUGAAAAACUUAUAGCUUCUAUUUGCGUUUAGUAGAAACCAGAUGCUAUUUGAAUAAAGCUCACAAUAAUUUAGGAGACGUCGAAUAUUAUUUUACAAGUUCAUAAGAGUUCGUUACUAAGAUUUAGUAAGCCUGUAGCACAGCAACUGCAGCUUUUAGUAGCGUUUUCAUCAUAUAUGUACCUAUGUACAUAACCAACAUAAACAAUAUGAAUACCUUCACAUGCUAAACUUAGUUUAAGACAUGUCAUCAACAGCAGUCGUUCCAUCCUAAGCCAGUGUUGCAUUCUCAACAAAUAAUGCUGUAUUCUCAGCUUACUUCUUUCCUGUAGCAUUCGUCUAUACCUGAUCAUGCCGGCCGCUAGAAUCCAUCGCUGCCUAUUAUUGCCUAGUGGUAACGUCGGAGGAGUAAAUUAGUAAAAAAAAAUACUCAUAUUUGAGUCGACUAGUAUCAAAGCCGGCAAUGUGACUUUUGGAUAAUUAUCGGUAAAUCAGAAAAACGAAUUAUUGACUUUGUAUUCCAUUGGCAGUCACAAAACUCUUCUGAACGACAUCUUAGAUAAAUAACAGGUUAAGUAUUAACCUUUAUUUAAUGCAGGUUUUGAACCGUAUUCUUUGAAGGAGACGAUUAUAUUCAAAUCAAUCCGUAUUGAAAUAUCAAUAAUUUUUUUUUGUCCAAAUGCACAGAUUGCCACCUUUGAUAAUAGACGACUCAUUUAUUGAAUAGAGAAGGGAAUAUUUACGCUCGAUGGACUGAUUAACAACAACAAACAUCAAGCUUCGAUUUCGUAAAGAAAAUUACCCGAAAAUUUUAAGCUAGGUAUUUAAACUUGUAAAGGCCCGGCUUAAUUUGCUUUAAUAAAUGAUCAUAAUUUUGAAAAUGAAUUUGUGGCUAAUUAUUAAUAAAUGUCAACAAAAAUAUUGUCAUUAAAAUCCAAGCAGAUUCUUAUAAAAACCAGCCAAAAGUAUGUAUGUCAUAGUUUAGCGCAUUUACCCCUUUUGGAUAAAAACUUAGAUAAAACUAAAAAAAAUUGUGCGCGCAACAUGGAUAACUUGCAUGGCUGUGCUAAUCGUCUUAUUGACCGGCUGGACCAGCUUGUUGCCAGUUCGUACAUCUUCGGUCUCUAUUGGCUUUGAUAAGUUUUAACAAUAGCCGCUGCGUGCUGAGGGCGCCUCUGUGCACUUGUUUGGCGUCUGGCUGUGCGACGUUGCCAGCUUUAUUGACUUGAGUACUAACGAAGUAACGAAGACAAAACGUACGCGCGUGGAGUGAAACUUACAGCCGGUAGCUUUUUGUAAUAAAAGGAAUACUAGUGUGUUUUUUAAAUAAAGUGUUUUGUUUAGUGUUGAAAAUUAUGUGAUUUUACAAAAAACGAAAAGUCUAAGUGAUAAGAAUACAAAAAUCAUUAAUUUAACCAUUCUAUUCUGUUUAGUGUUGUUAGUUACAAAUUCGAGGACAGAUUGAGAGGACAUGACAUAAGUUUAAUAUAUCUUAAACGGCCUCGAAAAGGACAAAAUACAUAAAGGAACUGGUUGACCACAGGCAGCGGUUGUAGGAUGGGUGAACGGGGCGCGACGGGGGGCGCUUGGGGUGCGCGCGACGAUGCCUCGUGGUGGCCAAGUAGCGCAGGUGAACUGCAGCACCAACAACAAUUAAAUGAAGAAAUAGGCACUAGUACAGCCACUACAAGUCAACAAAUGUACUCAUAUAAAAUGUCGGGUGGCUUUACAUCUAAUGGAAACAAUACUACUCCCAGUUAUGAAUAUCGAAUUAUGUCUAAUUCUAACACAAGGGAAGCUUCACCUCAGCAACAAUGGUGGUACUCAUCAGGAGGUGUAGACUCACAACAAGCAUCUUCACCGACGUCGCAGAAUCAGUCAAAUCAAGAAAGCGAUCAAAACAAUCAACAAGCGAACGGUAUUCAACAGAGUCAUCAGUCGAUCCAACAACAACAGCAGCAGGAGCAAAAUCAAACUAUUCAACAGCAACAAAGUCAAUUACAACAGCAGUUGCAGCAACAACAGAAUCUCCAGCAAGCUUUGCAACAGCAGAACCAAUCUUUGCAGCAGUCGUUACAACAACAACAACAACAGCAGCAACAAGAAGAGCAGCAACCGACCCUGCAGCAGAUGCUACAGCAGCAUCAACAGCAGCAGCACCAAGGCUUACAACAAACUUUGCAGCAGACAUUGCAAGUUAGUCAGGCUCAAGCCCAAGCAAUAGCGCAAGCCCAAGCAGCCUUACAGCACCAAGUUGCUCAAUCAAUACAGCAGCAACAACAAACUCUACAAGAACACAUUCAAGCUGUUCAGCAACAACAGAUACAGGCAGCAUUACAGAGGCAAUCUGCCACUCUACAGGAGCUGCAGCAACAGGCACAGCAGCAAGCUUUACAGCAAGCAACAGUAAAUAAGGCCAGGAUGCCCCGUUCAAGGCCAUACAACAAGCCCCGCGGUCGCAUGACAGCUUAUGCAUUCUUUGUGCAGACGUGCCGAGAAGAACACAAGAAGAAAUACCCUGAUGUCAGUGUUAUAUUUGCAGCAUUCUCGAAAAAGUGCGCAGAGAGGUGGAAUACAAUGUCGGAAAAAGAAAAACAGCGGUUCCAUGAGAUGGCUGAACAGGACAAGCAUCGAUUCGACUUGGAGAUGCAGAACUAUGUACCACCAAAGGACAUGAAGGUCAGAGGGCGAAAGAGGCAGCAGAUGAAAGACCCUAAUGCACCAAAGCGCUCGCUAUCAGCAUUCUUUUUGUUUUGCAACGAUGAACGUUCGAAGGUGAAAGCUGGCAACCCAGAGUACACCAUGGGCGAUAUUGCGAAGGAACUCGGCAGACGUUGGGCGGCCGCUGAUCCGGAGACUAAGGCUAAAUAUGACGCGCUAUCUGAAAAAGACAAGGCGCGAUAUGAUAGGGAAAUGACAGCGUACAAGAAAGGUCCGUUAGCUCAGCCGCCGCCACAGCCGCCUGUCGUCCCCGCCAUCGAGGACGAGGGCGGAGACUUCGAUGCAGACGAAGAAUACAAUUGAAAUAAUGUGAUCGCUGUCGAUACAGCCUAAAAUCAGGACAGAGAGAUUUAACUCGAUUUUGAAGAUGAAAGUGCGCGACAGUCUUUCCCCCUUUUUCCAGCCAAAUGUAUAACGCAAUUGCUGUAUACAUUACUGAUUUGUUUUGUUCAUUAUUCAGGGGAUGAUUUAUUUUUGUGCUGCGGGUUUGGGGAGCACUGGUUGAUUGAGUUUAAUAGAAAUUGUAAUCUUGUUUUUGUUAGAGGGGGGGUCGUCGUCGUCAUUCAAGGAAGGGUCGUAAAUUUAAGAAGCGUUUUGACGUACGAUCAGGUGUCAGAGAGGCUGGGUCUUUGAACGAAAGAUUGAGGAGUGAAUCUUCUGUUCUGUAGCGUGUUAUAGUUUUUACAAAUUUAAUUCUGAUUCACAGAUUUUACUUAUACUUUCAAAUACUCAAAAUAUUUUUGUACGAUUUUUUGUUUGUCAUCUGAGAAAUGAGGUGUCAAAUAGUUUUAUUUACAGCUUAAAAAAACGGCCAAACACCUAUGUCGUUUUAAAAAAAAAACCUCUAAUUUUAUGUAUUCUUCAACAAAUAAAUGAUUAUCUUUAGUUCUCAGAUGACGAAUGUUGAACAGAUUUUGAAUGACAAAAAUUUUAACAUGAAAAUGACUUUUAAUUGUUGCAAACUUUUGUAAACGAAACUGACGUUAUUUUAUGAUCUUACGUUGACUGACAAUGAAGAAGCGAACAGUUGAUUUUUUUUAUUUUUCUUGAUACGAAUUUCUUCGAGAUACAAGGAAAAAAGUAGACAAUAUGACAAUUGGCAGUUAAAAAAAAAUUGUCAUUCUCCCGCCAAAAUAUCGUACCAUGAAAGUAAAAUCAAAAAGUGUCAUGGCGCCCAAAACAUGUCUUGCGUCUACUUAUGUCAACGGACACUGAAGGUCGGAAAUGGUGUGGCCCUGUGGUUUAAUAAAAUCGUAAUUCAAGCAAUAUUAUCAGGAACAAAUCGAUACAGACGUUUUCAGUAUCACGUAUAAUGUAAGUCAAAAAGUAUUUCUUAUUAAGUUAGCAUAGACGUAAGGAGGUCGGGAGCGAAUGUAUUGUUGUUGUUUUGUGUCGAUUAUGUAUAGUUAAAUUAUAUUCCUUUAUUAAAUAUGUACUUUUGUUUGAUUUCGAUAUAAUUUAUAAAUCGCGUUUAGUUAAAAUAUUAAGUUACGAAAUUUUAUAUUUUGUGAAUUGUUUGUUUAGUGAGUCUGUCUCGCGCCAUUUCUGUUUGAUGCAUGCAUACCAGCGAUGUGUUUUUGUACAUAAAACGACUGCAACCCGUGAUAGUACUUAAUAGUAGCUGCGCUAGGUACUACAAUAUAGGUUAUGUAUAUGAUUUCUUCUGAAAAAUUCAAUUCCAAAUGAAAUUAAUUCGCUCAUUGUUUUUCGUUUACUGUCUGAUUGUUCGUUUGAAAUCCGUUUACGUUUUCAAAGAAUAUAAUUUCAAGUAUUUUGAAAGAAUAAACGAAUAGUCCUCUUCUGAUAAAACAUACGAAUGAUGGUGUUCAAACCAUUUGAUAUGCUAAGUUCUUUUUAAGUGCAUAAUAAUGCAUAACUUGAAACACACGUGUCGGCGUCUUUACUCGGCAGAAGACUGUUUAAAUAUCUUUUUCGAACGGACAUUACCGUAAAUAUAAUAUGUAUGUACCAGUUUUUUUUAGAUUAUUAAAAAAAACACGAUAUUUUACCCCUCUUGUAUAGUCAAAGCGAUUAAGUUAUUUUAAGUUGUAUCGAAAAGGGCAAUUGUUUUAAAUUUGUAAAACGCUCACUGUACAAAAAAAAUAUAGUGAAUCCUUUACGCAAAAA